GACUUUGUUCGUUUCCUCGCCACAACCCAAAACGCAUGUAGAACUCAUUCCUUCCUUCUUGGAUCUUCUCUACUACAAUCCUAAAUCUUGAUUUCUGAUUGAUUUUCCUUCUUCAUCUGUGUAAAACUGUGCCUUAGCAGUCUUCUUUGCGGAAAAAGCAGUCUUGUUUUCCAGUGAAAUCAUCUUGAUUGCUUACUGCUCAGGCUCAAAGUUCAAACCCCAUAAUUUUUCCAGGAUUUCUUGAUUCUUCUCAUUAAUAGUGUAUCAAUUCAAAAGAUACAAUGGGUGUGGGUUUAUCUGUUCUCAUAGGCCUAAAGGCUGCAACUUUGUUCUUUCUCUUUGCAUCUCUUAAAAUUCUUCGCUUCACUUUGCUAUCAAUACCAUUCUUGUAUGCAUCUUUGGUUUCUUUCUUGGUUGCAAUUGCUUCCCAUCCAUCCAUCAAUCUGCCCAUGUUAUUGGGGAAAAGCUCGGAUGGGUCGUUUCCCAUAUGGUCACAGAUUAUGUUCUUCCCAUACCUGUAUUUCGUGAGAGCGUUUUCAACUGUUAGAAGAUUUACAAGUGGGGAGGCUCCAUAUAGUGAGAUUUCUGAAGGAUUGUAUGUAGGAGGGUGGCCUUAUUCACCCGAUAAAUUGCCACCUGGUAACCCUGCCAUAAUUGAUUGCACCUGUGAAUUCCCAAGGAAAAAGGACUUCUCAGGGCAUGCAUAUUUGUGCAUUCCUACUUGGGAUACCCGGGCGCCUCAACCGGGCGAGAUUGAGAUGGCUGUGAACUGGGCUUGCAGGAAAAGAACUCAGAAGAUUCCCAUUUUUAUCCACUGUGCAUAUGGUCAUGGACGAAGUGUUACAGUAAUGUGCGCACUCUUGGUUGCUCUUGGCUUGGCAGAAGAUUGGAAAAAUGCAGAGAAGUUGAUAAAAGAAAAACGGCCUUACAUUCGUCUGAAUGGUCUUCACCGCAAAGCUCUAGAAGAAUGGUCUAAGCACCGGUUGUCUCCACCUAAAAGAAAUGGACAGUCUGGUGUGAGUUCAGUCAUCUUAUCAAGUGCCUCUGCACAAUCUUGAUUACCUAGUACAGGAAAAUGUCAAAAACUGACUUGGUUUCUUUGUUGUAUUCUGACUAUAUACUGAUUUACCGUUAGCUCUCUCAAAUGGAAGAACCCAAUUUGGCGAACUUGUUUCCUUACCUUUGGUAAGAGGAUGUAGUUCCCUCUUUUUCUAUUGUAUGCUUUGCCAUCGACUAUCAUCGUGUUAACAGUGUGGAGUUACCCUUUA